UGAGGCACUGAGCUCUGAAUGGGGCCAUGCGUUGCUGUGGACAGGAUGGGUGAUGCAAUGGGAAUGGGGUUCCACAGCCCCAUCCCUGCUCCCCCAGGAUGCCCAAACCCACUGAAAACCAUCCCCAUCCCUGUCCCCAUCCCUCUCCCCAUCCCCAUCCCUGCACAGCGUUGCCUUCACCUUCCUCUUCCUCCCCUGUGCCCUACCUGGGGUGCCAGUCAGCUGAGUGCCCGGGCCCCUCCCUGGGCUGGGCACAGCUAUAAGUGCCCGGGGCCGGGCACAGGGUGGCAGAGGGAGCCGGGAGCUGCUGCAGGCACGGCCCCGGCAGCCAUGGCCACGCUUUACCCCUCCCUCGAGGACAUGAAGGGCCACCAGCUCCUGCAGGCGCAGGCAGCAGCCGGGGUGAGGACCCCCCCCACGACCGUGGUCACGGAGAAGCCAAAGCUCAGCUCAGACACCGCGCCGCCCGUGCUGUACCCGGACCUGGCCGAGCUGGAGAACUACAUGGGGCUGGCCCUGUGCAGCGAGGAGAUCCAGAAGAACCUGCUCCCGGAAGGCAGCGGCUCCGCCCUGACCCCCAGCGGGCCCCCCCCGGGGCAGGUGGUGGCCCCCCUGAGCGGGAGCAGCGCGGGGCUGCGGCGAGCGGAGAUCAAACCGGGCGUGCGGGAGAUUCACCUCUGCAAGGACGAGCGGGGCAAGACAGGGCUGCAGCUCAAGAACGUCGACCAGGGCAUCUUCGUGCAGCUGGUGAAGGCCAACUCGCCAGCGGCGCUGGUGGGGCUGCGCUUUGGGGACCAGAUCCUGCAGAUGGACGGCAGGAGCUGCACGGGCUGGAGCAGUGCCAAGGCGCAGCGGGCGCUGAAGAAGGCCAACCCCGAGAAGAUCGUGAUGGUGGUGCGGGACCGGCCGUUCCAGCGCACGGUCACCGUGCACAAGGACAGCACCGGCCACGUCGGCAUCGUGGUGAAGAAGGGGAAAAUCGUGUCCCUGGCCAAGAACAGCUCCGCUGCUCGCAACGGGCUCCUGACCCAUCACUACAUCUGCGAGGUGAACGGCCAGAAUGUCAUCGGCAUGAAGGAUAAGCAGCUCAUGGAGGUGCUGGCGGGGGCCGGGAACGUGGUCACGCUGACCAUCAUCCCCACUGUGAUCUACGAGCACAUGGUGAAACGGCUCUCACCAGGGGUGGUGAAGUCGAGCAUGGACCACUCCAUCCCUGACCUGUGAGGACUUCGCUGCUGGAAGCCUCAUGGGCUCCUGAAGGUACCCCACAGCAUCCCCAAAGGAGUCCCUCAUCCCUGCAGCCGCCAGUGGCACCUCCAGCCUGUGCCGUCCUCUCCUCCCUCACAUCAGCAGGGGUGGGGAAUGCACAUCCCCAUGUCCUGGGGCAGACGCCAAAGGCUGGCUCCAGCCAAAGCAGACACAGACCCAGCGACAUUUAUUACAUCCACCAACAGACAGCGAGUACAGGAUGGGGGGGGGGAGCAACAAGAAUGGGGAGGGGGGAAUGUUACAGCUUUGUCAGUUCUGUAUUUAAAAAAUAUAUAAUAUAGAUUUGUCUUUCAAAUAUAAUCAUUACAUUUA